GACCUCUCGUCGAGUCUGACGCCGUGCUCAAGCGGGCGUUCGACGUGACGGAUGGCGAAGUCCUCCAAGUGAUGAAGCCAGAGUUUGGUAUCGGCGAGACAACCCGCCGCUGUGAGACGGUCAAGAAGGACUUCUCGAAGUUGCGACCGGCCGACCUGAUUGGGGUGGCCGUGGCGCGCGUGGAUGAUUUCACCCUGGCGGGAAACAUCUCGCGCCCCGAGUGGCGAGACAAGGUCAAGCAGAUCCGGGGGCUCCGCGAGUGGGAGGCCCGGCGGGGCAUGAACGAGGGGCUCGCCUCUCUCGAUCAGUGCGGCGUCGCGACCGGAGGAAACGAGAAUGGCCUCUUCCUUCGCCCGCAGGCGCGCGUCGACAAGGCUUUCUGCGAGGGCAUCUGUUUGGUAAGCGUGGGCGCCGCGCCAUUUCUAUUCUCGUGGGUCGCUGACCUCCAGUCGAAGAUCCCGACGCGGGCGCAUGACCUCUGCGUGGCGGCGAACAACAUCGUUGAGCUCUCCAAGCAGAGCCGCCACGUGGGGAUGCGGAUCAACCGUUGUGCCUUGGGCGACCUGGCCCUCCUCGUCUGGCGCGACGCGGCUUGGGCCGGCCGUCCAGGUGGGCGCUCUCAGGGCGGGCGCGUCGCCGCCGCCGCUUGCAAGGCGGCCAGGGGCGGCAAGCUCUCAGUGUUCGCGGUCCUGGAUUGGGGCUUUGGGAUGUUGCGGCGCGUGGCCCGGUCGAGCCGCUCUGCGGCUCUGCUGGUGUGCAAGAAGCGAGUGUUGCACAACAAGUUCCCGCUGCGGGAUGGCGCGACAGCGCCGCGGAUUCUGCCUGCCCUGCUGGUCGUGGACUGCAAGGCCAUCCUCGACGGCGUGGCGAGAUCUCAGGCUGCCAGGGACAGGGGGCAGUGCGCUGUGUGCGUUCCCCAUGCGCAGAUCGCCGACGGGCUGACCAAGGCCAGUUGGCAGGCCUUUGGUGUGAUAUGGGCCUUUCUCGAGAAGCAGCAGUGGCGUCUCAUCUGCGACGAGCGGUUCAUGAGUGUCCGAAAGAGGACCUCCCUCCGCCAGGGCAUCUUCGACGAGACGGAUCCGGCCGAUCCGGCUGCCGCGCGAAGUGCGCUCGAGGAGCGGCGACUAGCGCGCCGGGGCCAGACUGCGGAUAGCCUGAAAGGAAACGCAGAGAGCGAGACGAACACUAAGACCAAGACCCCCGACGACUACCUGAUCAUGAUCCAGAAGCUCCAGCAGGAGGUGGACUCCCACCGCAGGUUCAUCGAGCAGCACCCUGGUGCGCACAGU